UUGUGUCUGUCUUGACCGUGUUGCGCUCAGAUGGAAAAGCCGCACGCAUCGCUGCAGUUCAGACGCUCAAGGAGCGAAAAAAAAAAAAAACCCUCUCUCUCUCUCCGCGUUUCUGCGCCAACCCGCAAAGAAGACUCACCGCACCUGCACACCUGCGUGGAUUAACCGACCCUGACACAGCUGAAACUCUGCUCAGAUAAGUAGGAAAUAACUCGUUUGAACCGAUUUCAGAUCAGCGCAAUAAGCAGCGAGACACCAAAGUAGAGUUUAAAGAUUUUGGCACAGCCUAUUGAGACUCUGGAUAGUUGUUUGUCUUUAAAAUGUAUUUUUUUAAUAUAUCCGACACUGAAUGCGUGAUGUGGGAAUAAACUCUGCGUUAUUCUCGGAUGAAAAAAAAAAGCCCACAUACACACACGCACACAGUUUUGGGAACUAAUUUGAAUUUAAAGCGCUAGGAUGUAGUUUUUGUCGGAGCUGAGAGGAGGAUUUUGGACCUCGACAAUGAACUUAGUAAGCCACAUCUGCUUACUUUCUGUGCCAUAAAGACACAUCAAGCCAUGGGUUGAAAGCGACGAUGAUAGACUGCGGGGAUACUCGACGUGGGAGGGAGCAGAAUUUUCUGUGUUAUGUAAUGAUUGACAGCGCCUGAUAAUUAGUGGUAGAUCAUAAAUAGCAUCACCCCCUCCCAUUACCCCCCCUAUCCCCCCCUUCCCCCCCUGCAGGCUAAAGAGUUGGUUGAUGUGCAUGAGAUGUUUUUUAUUUAUUUAUAAUGAACUCAUAAUCAGAGAGCUCUUAAGUGUUAAUGAGCAGGAUAUGUCACAGGUCAAAGGGGGAGGGGGACUUGUUCCUCUGAGCUCAGAGAGCCAUCAAAGCGAGCUCCAGUUCAUUACUGAUCUCUGAUCAGCCUCAUUUACAUGACACUUGGCUUUGUCACUGCCUCCUGCAGCCAAUCUCACUGUUUUUUUUGUUUUUUUUUUUAAAACAUAUUCAUCAUCAUGUUGCCCCAAACUCUUGACCCGCUCCAUGCUGAUUCGGCGUGGUCUUUCGAAAUGACUUCAAGAAAUCAGACAAUCAGCAGCUUCUUCUUGAGCUUUGAACUCUUUUUCUCGCCGCUGCAACGUUUCUAACAGCUACUGAGAUGCUAUAAUGCUCAUUUUUGCCCUCAGAUUUGGGGAUAUGUAGUCAUGCUGAACUUCUCACCCUCUUAAUCUCUGUGACUUCCUGUUUUCUGAAGAUCUGAAGACAUUAGUUAAUCUUCACUAGAGCCUUCGUUGGUCCCUCCCUCCCCCCAACUCAUCAGGGCUGGUGGGGGGGGUGGAUCUCGGACCCCCACGGGGUCGAAACUUUGGUGGUGUCUGGCGGUGGUGGUGAUACCCCCCCCCCAGAGGCCCACCAUGGAGACCAGCCCAGAGAGCCCUAACCGGGCAGUGGAGUACCUCCUGGAGCUCAACAACAUCAUCGAGAGCCAGGCCAAGCUCCUGGAGACCCAGCGCCGGCGCAUUGAGGAGCUGGAGGGCCAGCUGGACCGGGUCAGCCAAGAGAACCAGGACCUGAGGCAGGAUCGCAGCCCACGGACACCUGGCUCAGACACUCCAGAGCAGAACCACAACCACAACCAGCCUCUGUCCCUCCCCAUCCAUCAUGGCAGCGGCGGUGGUGGUGUUGUUGGUGGUGGUGGUGGUGGUGGUGCAGGUGGCAGCAGCAGCGGGAAUGGCAGCGCCUCAGCUGCUCAGGCCACAGCUGGAUCAGCGACAACCCAAGGGCCCAGCAGGGAGAGGAGGACCCACGCCAGGCUGACCAGAGGUCUCUCCUGCGGCUCCUCCACCACCGAGCGAGACCGGCUUGAACGCACUGACAGCACAGACACCAACGCCAGUUCAACCAUCCGUAGAAAUGUGGAAGGGGAGUCCCAGUGUCCAGAGACGGGCACCCACAAAGACACCUCAUUCAGCCAGACACCUUACCUGCGUGGCUCCGAACGCUACACUGACAGCAGUAGCAGUGCACCCUCCGGACCCAGGGAUCCUUCAUGCGUGGCUGCUUCCAGUUCAGCCAGCUUGGCGUGGGCGCUGCGAACGCGCCACCAACCUGCAAGUCUGGCUCUCCGCAAGCAAGAGGAAGAGGAGAAUAAAAGAUGCAAGGCCCUUUCAGACAGCUAUGAACUCUCAACAGAUCUGCAGGAUAAGAAGGUGGAGAUGCUCGAGAGAAAGUACGGUGGCUCCUUUGUAAGUCGCAGAGCAGCGAGGACCAUUCAGACAGCCUUCAGACAGUAUCGUAUGAACAAGAACUUUGAGCGCCUCAGAAGUUCUGCUUCAGAGAGCCGCAUGACACGCCGCAUCAUCCUGUCCAACAUGAGACUGCAGUAUUCCUUUGAUGAGCGACCUCAGCAGCAGGCCCAGACUCAGACGAACUUCACCCACAGCGUGGCCAUCGGGCCUCCUCAUUCCCCCGACACAGACCGAGCAGGAGACUACACCCACUUAGAGGACUCCUUCUCCAAACAGGUCAAGUCCUUGGCUGACUCCAUAGACGAUGCCCUUACCUGCCGCGCGGGUCGCGAUGACUCCCAGGAGGGCAGCAGGGAGGGUGGAGGGAUUAGUGAAGACUUUGGAGAGUGUGUGUGGAGCAGCAGCAGCAACCCCUCCUCCCAAAGAGGUUUGGGAGAACGAGCCAGGGGUGCUGGAGGAGGACUCAGUAUGCAUGGUGACAGUACCGCCACCUCAUACAGUGACGUUACCCUUUACAUGGAUGAUGGCAUGCCGUCAUCCCCAUUGUCCCUGGAUCGGGCACCCAGCAGCACAGAUACAGAGUACUGGGGACCCGGUGGUGGUGUCGGAGGGCGUGAGGACAGCAGGGACACUGAAGGAGGGGGCAGCAGUAACAGUCGGCGCAGCACCCCAUGUACUGAGUGCAGGGACUAUCGUCUAAGGGGCGCACAUCUGCCCCUACUCACUAUUGAGCCACCCAGUGACAGCUCAGUGGACAUGAGUGACCGUUCAGAUCGUGGCUCUCUUAGCAGACAGCUGGUCUAUGAGCAGGAGCCUGGAGUAGGGGCUGGCUCCCCUCAGGGAACCCUCAAACACUCCCCCAACACAGGCACCCGGCCUUCUUCCACGGCAGCUGCCCAGGGUCAGACCCGGGCGCCUGGCAGACCCAUACCUACGCACAUCCCUCACCAGGUGGCAGCACACCACCACCAUCACCACCACCCUAUCCACCACCAUCAGUACCCUGACACACCCUCGUCAUCCUCUUCCCCGCAGCAGCCCCCGACCACCCCACUGUCCUCCUCCUCCUCUACAGCUCUGCCACCCGGUGGUCUGGAGCAGCCGUGCUGCUCGGACGGAGACAAUGACUCACUCAACUCCACAACCAACUCUAACGAGACGGUCAACUGCAGCUCCGGGUCCUCAUCUCAGGACAGCCUGCGUGAGCCUCUGCCACCUCUUGGAAAGCAGACCUACCAGAGGGAAAGCCGGCAUAGCUGGGACUCCCCGCCUUUCAACAGUGAUGUGGUGCAGAGACGUCAGUACCGCAUAGGUCUCAACCUCUUCAACAAGAAGCCAGAGAAAGGGAUCCAGUACCUGAUAGAGAGAGGUUUUGUAUCGGACACUCCAGUUGGGAUUGCUCGCUUCAUCCUGGAGAGGAAGGGCCUCAGCAGGCAGAUGAUUGGAGAAUUCCUGGGAAACCGCCAGAAACAAUUCAACAAAGAUGUUUUAGACUGUGUGGUGGAUGAGAUGGACUUCUCAGGGAUGGACCUGGAUGACGCUCUCAGGAAGUUCCAGGCUCAGAUUAAAGUUCAAGGAGAAGCCCAAAAAGUGGAGAGGCUCAUAGAGGCUUUUAGCCAGAGAUACUGCGUGUGCAAUCCGACCCUGGUUCGGCAGUUCCAGAACCCGGACACCAUCUUCAUCUUGGCCUUCGCCAUAAUCCUCCUCAACACAGACAUGUACAGUCCCAACGUCAAAGCUGAGAGGAAAAUGAAACUAGAGGAUUUCAUCAAGAAUUUGAGAGGCGUAGACAAUGGUCAGGAUAUACCGAGGGACCUGCUCGUUGGGAUCUACCAGCGGAUACAGAAAUGGGAACUACGGACCAAUGAUGACCAUGUGUCCCAAGUGCAAGCAGUGGAGAGAGUCAUUGUGGGCAAGAAGCCUGUGCUGUCCCUCCCCCAUCGCAGGCUGGUGUGUUGCUGCCAGCUUUACGAGGUUCCUGACCCCAAUAGACCUCAGAGGACGGGAGUGCACCAACGAGAGGUCUUCCUCUUCAAUGACCUUCUGGUGGUGACCAAAAUCUUCCAGAAGAAGAAAACCUCAGUAACUUAUAGUUUCAGACAAUCUUUCCCUUUGGUUGAGAUGCAAGUGCACAUGUUCCAGAACUCAUACUACCCUCAUGGUAUCCGCCUGACCUCAGCAGUCCUGGGUGGAGAGAGAAAGGUUCUUAUCGUCUUUAUGGCACCCAGUCAGCAAGACCGCACCCGCUUUGUUAGCGACCUCAGGGAGAGUAUUGCUGAAGUGCAAGAGAUGGAGAAAUAUAGAGUCGAAUCGGAGCUGGAGAAGCAGAAAGGUGUGAUGCGGCCCAGCUUGCUCAGUGGAGGUGUGGUAGGAGGUGGCGUAGGUGUGAAAAGCGAUGUUGUGAAUGGCACCUUGGGAAGGACAAGUUUUGAUGACAACUGCUCAGUGGGUGAGGGUCUGAAACGCACAGCACUCAGCUCAUCUCUCAGGGACCUAUCGGACACAGGGAAACGUGGUCGCAGGAACAGUGUUGGUUCUCUGGACAGUACCAUGGAAGGGUCCAUCAUUAGCAGCCCACAGCCUCACCAGCGCUAUCCAGUGCCGGGCGUGGUGCCUGGCUGCUACGGAACAGAAGACUUCCGGCCUCACCGCCCCAUCCUGAGCCCCGGAACGGGGGUGGGGGGUGGGCCGGGGCAGCAACAUACCACUGCUGGGACAGGAGUUGGGGGAGUCUCCAGCAGUGUAGAGAGACCAGGAGCAGGGAGCGGCCCUGGGGGGAGCAGCAACAACAACAGCGGCUCCUUCCUGGGGUCCCUAUUCGGCAGCAAACGCGCCAAACCACCAGGGCCCCUUAUUCCACCGGGGCCACCCUUCCCCGCACCUGUACCCCCACCGACUACGGGAGGGCCCCCUCCUCACUCCCCUUCAUCUCUGUGCCAGUUGGACGGGGGGCCUUCCAAGAUUCAGGCACUACACGCACAGUACUGUCAUGCGGGCACCGUGCAGCCCCCACCACCAUACUACCAUCACCAUCGCUACCACGUCCAAACUGUCCCUCCUCCUUUGCAAGGUAUGCCCCCACAUACUAUACAGAGAGGCCCACUACCCUGUCGUCCACCCCUUGGCCCACCACACGCCCAGCACCCGCAGCUGGCCCAUCUCUCCCAGCUCUCCCAGCAUGGGCUUCCGGGUCGUUACGCCAACAUGGUGGUGGGAUGUCCCCCCCCCCUUUCUCCUCUCUCCCAACACUCCCAGAACCCACAGUUCGCCCUUUACCACGUGCAGCCCACACACUCAAUCAGAGGGGGCGGCGGACCUGGUACCAAACUUCCACUAACGUUGUCUCACUCCCACCCGCACCCCCACGCACACUCCCAAACCCACCCCGGACACGUGCACACACCACACCCAGCCAGCCACUCUACACACCAAACACACUUUAUAUUCGGCACUCUGCCCCACAAUCUACCAUCCGCGUCCGUCAAUACGCAUCACGCAGCCUCCGCCGGCCCGUAUCUGCCCCAGUACCCUCCUCUCUCUUCCAUCCCCCCUCCCCCACCACCCUCCCCUUUACCCCCCCCUUCGUCCCCCCUUACCCCUCUUACACCUCUCUCCCCUCACCCCCCCCAGCACCCAGGGCAGCCUCAGCAGGGGCCGCAGGUGACGGGGGCUGGAGCGACAGGCACAGGGGGCAGCUCCAAAUCCAAACCUAUCAACCGGAUAAGUACCGUGGUGUGAGCAGGAUGUGGGUCCCGAGGGGUCAGAGGUCAGAUUAUAGAGUGGAGGAGGUUGGCAGAACUAGGGCUAGGUCCAAGUCUGCCAGGACAGAAAGUAACAGCAGCAGCGCUAGUGACAAGAGGAAACGCAGUUUGCUUCGUCUCUGUUACUUUCACCUCCGUUUCCCACAUAUGUAGGUGGAGAUAAAAAGCACAUCGUGUGCACACAUCUUUGAAACCUGCACACCAAAACACAUGAACAAACACUCUUCAUAUUUCCACGUACAGUAUCAGAAAAGUCUAUAGCCAUAUAAUUUAAGAUGAAACUAAAUCUAUAUCUAGGUAUAUUGCCUCUUUGUUAGAAGUCUAGUUGAGUCUGUAUGAGACUAUUUAAAUGUACAGUACCGAGAUGUGAUAAUGUGACACUGGAAAAACGGAGACCAUAUAUAUCCAGCUGCUUACAUGGGGAUGUAAAUAAAGACUAAACCACCAAAUGCAUUCAGAGUGGAGUUUGGCAUUGAGAGUUGCAAAAAAAAAAAAAAAAAAAAAAAAAACAUGUCCUUGACUUUGCAAUAAUUUACCUGGCUUCACGAUGUCCCCAUCCAUUCUUGCAGGAUCCGCUUUGCUGACAGGCAUCUUUUUUUCUAAAGGGAGACCUCAGAUAUGUUGCUUUGUCUUAAACUUCUAAAAACCAGUGCACGGUUUCCUGACAGUCUUUUGCUUAAUGGUCUUUUUACAUGUCAACAGGAGCCACCUGGCUUUAUAAAUGCAUUCCUUGUGGGGUAUGGGAAUUAAUGAUACAAUCAAUAAUAUAUUUUGAAUGUUUCUGAAGCUUCUUGCUGUUUUAUCGAUAUUAUAAUAUACCUGCUAUGAGUAUGAUGAAUAUUGUCCAAUAAUUGUUUUGAUCAGUGAUUAAUUAUAUCAGCAGAUGUUUGUACAUGGUUAUAGAGAGUAUAUGCACAUAUAAAUUCCCUCAAUUCGCCAUAGCCACUAGAGGGUGUUCUGAUAUGUGAAGUGUGAUUUAUUUCCAUUGUACCAUGAUUUCCAUUGAGUUAAUCUUUUUUUAAAUUAAUUUGUAUUAUUGGUUGUUGAAAAUAUUGACACACCGACACCAACAAUAUUCUUCCUUUUCUGUUUUGUUUGAGCAAACAGGUGAACAAUUUCUCAAAUAGGGUGACUAACAAACCUUAAACUUGGUGAAUUCAUUUUCAUAUAUAUAUUUAUGAGGGGGAAAAAGAGGCUCAAACAUGGUUGGGGAUAUUGGAAGAAGACUUUUGGGGGAUGCCAUUCAUUCAGAAUUAUACAGGGCACCUAUGCUCACUUUCUCACAGUCAUUGUGUCUUUUUCUAUGUUUUGAAGAAGCACGCUUUUACAUGAGGUUUUGUGGUUUUGCACACGUGAUGUCUUAAGUCAGAAAUGGCCUUCUUCUAAUUCUCCCUCUUCUGCCACUUUUCAAAAAAAACUCUUAUUACAUUUUAUGAUGCCAUGGCAUCCUGCUGAGGGCUUCUUGUUUAAAAAAAAAAAAGAAAAGAAAAACAGAACACAACAAGAGUCAAGAAUGUAAAAUAGCCUACAGGUACAUACUGUAUUCCCCCAUUUUUCUGUGGGCUUCGUGUAAGUGUUGCCCCCUUUUUGCUACUGCAUUUUUAGAGGUGGUAAUUAAGCACUGAUAUGGUUUACCUUCAGUGCCAUUGAUUACAAUUGGAAAACUACAUAUAUUCUAAUUUAGGAGAGAGUGAACGGGUGAGGACAAAGUAAAAAAAAGUCUAUGGAACAAGCUAAUGAAACUGAUAACAAAGUUCAAGAAGAUCUGAAUCUUAAAGAAUAGGAUUUAAUGGAGGUUGGAAGAGAGUCAAGAAUGUCAGAUGAAGAUUUUAUAAGUAUGUGUUGGCUAGCCUUUUCUUUUCAUGGUGUCCUUUUUUUGACUCUUCUUGCAUGAAUAUAUCUGCACUUAUUGAAUAGAUUGUACUGUAUAAACCUGAAUGUACAUAUUAUAUUAUACAUAGGCUUCUUAUCAUAACUAUGGGAUGAACUACUCCCAUUCUGUAUUCAGGUGCGUGCAUGUGAGUGCCAUCAAGUAUGUACAUAGAAAAAAGAGGGGCAGGGAUAGGAGAUGUUGGCCAAAAGGAACGUUGACUUCUUUUUCUUUUUCUUAUUAUUUCAGACUGAAGGUGAGAGAAUGAGUUACUGUGAUAGAAAUCGAAGCCUAAAAAAAAGUUUAUAUGUCAGUGCACUUACUGAUAUCAUUUUAAACAAAUGAUUUCAAUUUUUUUUUCUUUGUGUAUGUAUUAUGUGUACUGAAAGAAUAGAGAUUUGAGAUGUGAAUAUUUAUUGCUUCUGAUAAAUUAAAGUGUCCUUGCAGUGAA